AUGGGUUUAGAAAAAGUACACGUGAUAACAACUGAUGCAAGAUUUUUUGAAGGCAUACUAGAAGGGUAUGAUAAAUCAACAAAUAUUAUACUAAGCAAUUGUAUCGAACGAAUAAUAAAUUCCCCGGAGGAUGAAGAGGAGGAAGAAGACAACCAGGAAAUUCCAUUAGGUGUGUAUAUAAUGCGUGGUAAUGAAGUUGUAUGUAUUGGAGAAAUCAGUGAUGAGUUGUAUAAAACAAUCAAUUGGAUGACGUUAAAAGGUCAACCAUUGAAAACUACAAAAAAUCCACUAAAAUAG